AUGUUGGUGAAUGGUUGGGUUGGGCAGCCCUUUGAGGUUGGAUCUGGGGUGCGCCAGGGGUGCCCGCUGAGUCCCUUGCUCUAUGCCUUUGCCAUUGACCCCUUCGUCAGGAGGCUAGAUGGCGGGGCGGUGAGUGGGGUGCUGGUGGGUGCCACUGGAGAUCCGCCUUUGAGAGUUGUGGCUUAUGCUGAUGACGUUUCUGUUUUCAUUUCUGGACCGGAGGAGGCGCAGGAGGUGGUUUCAGUAAUGGAUCAGUAUGCCGAGGCAUCAGGUUCCAAGGUCAAUCAGGACAAAUGUGAAGUUCUCUGGAUGGGUAGGGAGGGUGAGAGCUUCUCACUCCCGGACGCCUUCCCGGUGCCUCAGCCGAACAUCAAAGUGUUGGGCAUCAAUUUUGGCUCUGCUGAUUACAGCAAGCAAAAUUGGGAAUCCAAGCUGUCGGAUGCCGAGGUCAAAGUGAGAUGUUGGAAGGGGUGGCGGCUCUCCUUGAGGGAAAGGGUUGAUUUGAUCAAGACUUUCCUGCUCCCAGUCUUUUUGUACGUCAGCUUUGUUUGCCUCUUGCCAGAAUCGCUCUAUACGAGGAUCUAUAGCUGUUUCUUCCAGAUGUUAUGGGGGAAUCGGCUGAACCUCGUCAAGAGGGACGUGACUUACUCAUCCAGGCAGGAGGGUGGCCUAGGUAUGGUCAACCCGGUGGUCUUUUUCUCUCUGAUGUUCUUGAAACAUAACUUUGGUAAUAUGCUGGCAGAGAGACCGCCUGCAUGGGUAGGACUGUUCCGGAUCUGGUUUGGACCCUUUCUGCACAGUUGGGAGAGUGGCGGGCCAGUGAGAAGCCUGCGGGUCAAGCAUGGUAAGCUCCCGGCUUAUGUGGCCCUGUGCCUGAAGUUACUCCGGCGGUGGCAUGUGACUGCGGAGGAGGUCCGGUCCCUCCCCAGGAGGCUCCUGGGUGAGAGGAUUGUGGCAUCUGCUUUCCAUGCGCCGCUGGCCUUGAGAGAUUGCCCGGGCCAUGUUAUGAGGGAGGGUUUGCGGUUGAUAAAUCUGGAGCGGAUCCCCCUGAAGUUGCGGGACCAGGCCUGGCUCGCCUUCCAUGGCAGGCUCUACGUGAGGGGUAACCUGAAGUACCGUCCUGCGGAUGACCGUGGUUGUCCGAGGUCGGAGUGUGGGGGUGAAGUGGAGACUAUGGACCACUUCUUGCUUCAGUGCCCCUUUAACGUAGAGGUGUAUAAACAGGUGGGAGGGGCUCUGGGUGUUCCUUUCCUCCAUCGCAUGUCGUAUGCGGAGUGGGUGUACGGAGCAUUCGAGAGUCGCAUGGGUUUUAAUUUGGACACCCUGUUUUUAGUCAGCUUAGUUGUCCGUUAUUACACUUGGAUGGCACGGUGUCAGGUCUCCAUUCGGCAGAAGGUCCUCCCUGUUCAGGUGGUGGCGAGUGACAUCCUUGGUGAGGUGGGGAAAAUUCGGGGUCUUGAGAAAGACAGGCUGCGACGCAGAGCUUGGAUGGAGGCGUGGAGGAACAUCAAGCCUGUUGCUGCGGUCUGUUGA